AUGAUUGUGCUUUCAAAAAAAUCAUGGUUGUACGGCAGUGAAGCAUCGGUGUUGAACACCGAUGUUAUGCUGUCGAUGAUGAAAUACACUCCUUUGCAAAUCAACUUGCUUUUCACGACAGAUCCAACCGAAUCUCUCGUUUAUGAUGUUCUACAACUGAAUGUGCUGCACACGGGCCGCCUCAUGUUUCAGUUGGCACGAUAUUCGAGAUAUCGCAGGUCUCCAAAACCCUGUGAAGAAAACUUUGUCGAUCUGGAGUAUGCAGACGACAUCGUCCCAACGUUCGAAGAGGAGGGGAAGGCGCAGGUGUUUUUGGAUGAACCGACCAAAGUCAUCCUCUCCUGUGGUAUGCACCUUGAAAUUGGUAAGGGAGAGGCACUGGAAGUUGUGGAGCGUUUUACGUAUCUUGGAAGUUGUAUUAGUUCUGAUUGUAGUGUGACAGAUGAGGUGAAUGCACGAAUCUGCAAGGCUCGGGCCGCGUUUGCUAACUUGAGACACCUAUGGCGUCAGAAUGGUUUAUCCCUGAAUCUGAAGGGACGUGUGUAUCAAGCUACAGUACGGGCUGUUUUGUUGUAUGGCUGUGAGACUUGGCCUAUUCGAGCAGCGGACCUGAGACGUCUUCAGGUGUUCGACAAUCGUUGUCUCAGAACCAUAGCUCGUGUGGGUUGGUGUCAGCGAAUCCGUAACGAGGCAGUUAGAAAGCGUGUUUUCGGUUGUGUAACGGGUACUUCCAUUGAAGAAUGUGUCCAGCACCAGAAGCUGCGUUGGUUGGGACAUGUUUUACGCAUGCCGAACCAUCGUUUGCCGAAGAGAGUACUGUUUUCCAUGCCCAAUUCGGAGUGGCGUAAACAGAGAGGUGGCCAACCCAUGACCUGGCAGAGGAGUAUGAAGGAGAUCACGAAACGCUUGGGUGCUGUCGGUGCUACUCGCCUUCCAGGAUGGGGAUCGCGUGAUCCUCACUGUGCCUGGUUGGAGACACUACACUAUAUGGUUGCCAAUCGAUGUCAGUGGCGUUCUUGUUGUCAGUUUCUAUCCAGAUCGCCUGAGUGA